AUGAAGAACUUAGGACAAAAAUAACAAAUAUAAGAAAUUGAUGAGGAAAAACAGUAGACUUGGAAAUAAAGACAAAGUCUUAGCUUAGAUUCAGACAAAGAGUAAACUGAUAAUCAAAAAAUUGAAUAACGACCAUCAAGUUCUAGUCCAUCAGAUUAAAAGACAGUGAAAAAUAAAAAUUAAAGUGGCAACCGUGCAAUAAAUAGUGGUACAAAACGUUCAAGCAAAACUCCACAUGAUUUUUAAGAAGAAAUAAUCCCUUAAGUGAGAAGCAUUUUGAAAUAAGGUACUUUUAUUAGUCAUGCAUCUGUACCUAGAAAUAAAGGGAUUAGACCUAGCAGAUUAUAAAGGUAAUUAAUAGUUUAUUGUUUAAAGUUUGCAAAGUCUCUAAUAAUCAAUAAGGAAAAAUAGAGUAUAUCCAGAAGAGAUUCAAGACAAUUCUGGUUCAAAUUAAAAUGAUUCGAUAUAAGAAGAUUCAUUUUUUGAAGAAACCGAAGAAAAUUUAGUCGAUGAUGAAUCUAGAUAUAGAUUUGAUAGACGGUAUUGAGUUAAUUUAUAAAAGAUAUGCUCAUCUUACUUAUAUGAUAUUUCCUGAUGAUCCAGUCAAAACAAUAUGGGACAUUUUAAUAAUAAUAGCAUUACUGUGUGUAUGCUUUGUAGUUCCUUAUGAGAUAUCAUUUAAGAAUGACGAUACAGAAUAUUCAGCAGUUUCAUAUGGAUUCAAUAUAGCUAUAGAUAUUCUUUAUGGAACUGAUAUAAUCAUAAAUCUUUUUAGUGCUUAUGUUGAUGAUUAAGAUGAUUUAAUAGUAGAUAGAAAGACUAUUAUUAAACAUUAUUUGACUGGUUGGUUUAUACUGGAUAUAAUCUGUAUUAUGCCUUUAGAGUAUUUAAUUGAUGAUAACAAUACAUCUGGUUUUCAAAAAUUUGCAAAACUUCCAAAAGCUUAUAAGAUGUUAAAACUUAUAAAAAUGUCUAGAAUUCUUAAGUUUUGCAUAUAAAAGAAAAAGUAUGGAGAAAUGUUAAAUCAAUUUUCAAAUAUAAGUGUAAUUCUGUUUAAUUAUCAUAGUAAAAUAUUAGAGUUAUGAUUAUAUCAUUAUUAUCAGUAAUCUUAGUAAGUCAUUUAUUUUCUUGUUUUUGGUAUUUCAUUGGAACAAUCUCAUCUGAUACUUAGACUUGGAUUGAACAAUAUGUAGAUAAUGAGUCUAAUUUUGAAAGAUAUAUAAUGAGUAUGUAUUGGGUUUUUUAAACAAUGGCAACUACUGGAUAUGGGGAUAUAUCAGCAACAAAUAGCACAGAAUAAAUGAUUACAAUAUUCAUAAUGAUUAUUGGAGUAAUAUACUUUUCUGUUACUAUUGGUUCAGUUAGUUCUUUAUUGACUUAAUUAGAUUCAUAAAAUGUAAAAUAUAAAGAAAAAAUUGAUACAUUGAAUGAAAUUGUUAAGCAUCAUAAAAUUGAUAAUACUUUAUAUGCUAAGAUUUGUAAAGUGUUAAAAUAAGGAUAUAAAAAUAAUUAAAAUGAAAUAGUUGAAUUUCUAAAUCUUUUGCCAUAAAAUUUAAGGACUGAUUUAUCAUAGGCAAUGUAUAAAAAUGUAUUUCUUGGUAUUGAUCUUUUUAAACAUAAACCAUUAAGAUUUACAGCCUAUAUUGGUCCUUUGUUAACAAUCUUUAGAGUUCCUGAAGGAGAUGUUAUAUAUAAUGAAGGUGAUUAUGCAAGCGAAAUCUAUUUUAUUCGUGAGGGUAGUGUUUCAUUAUGUAUAAAAGAAUGUGAUUAUCAUCCUUUUGUGACAAUAGAUGUUGGAUAAUAUUUUGGUGAAAUAGAAUUAAUUAAAGAAACUUAAAGAAAAUAUACUGCUAUUGCAUAAAAUUAAUGUGAACUAUUAUCUUUAUCAAAAUCAAACUUUUAUAAAAUAUUUUUCACAGAAUUCAGAGAAAUAGGUGAAGAAUUACAUGAAAAUGCAAGAAGGAAAAAAAGAGAUUAUGAAGAAUAAUUUACAAAAACCAAGGCUUUUUAUUAAGGUUUAGAAUAGUAAGCUGAAUAAUAAUUGAAUGAAUAAAAUAAAAUUAAAGUUGGUUUAGAAAAAUUCAAACGAAAUUUAAUGUUUUAAGCCUAAACUUAAAAAGGAAUUUUAGAUAAGGCAAUCAGAGAGGCUGAAUAAUCUACAUAAAAUGAACUAAAAAGAAGAAUGAAACGCUUAAAAACUGUCUUAUUAUAAAAAGGAAUAAUAGAUAACAUGGAUGAAAAGAGUCCAAGCAGAACAAAUGGUGAAAUAUAAACUAGAAAAUUUGAUAAAAAAAAUACAUUUUUACCUAUGGAUAUUAUUAAAUAAGCAUAAUAAUUAAGUUCAGAUGAUGAAAAUAAUGUUAAAGAUUAAUAACAGUAAGUCUAAAAUAAUCAUCGAAUUAAUAAAAAGGCAAUGACUACUUUUCUGUCACCUGAAUCUAGAGAAAAUCAAAAUGAUUUUUUAUUAUCAUAAGAUGGAAUGUUAAACUCUCAAACACUUUCAUCUUAUGAUACAAAUAUAUAAUUUCUGAAAAAUAGAAAAAAGUAAUUAUACCUUUGA